ACGCCGCAGCGAAUCGUGUGAACCAAAAUGGCACACCAUCACAGUCUUCUCUCCCCAUCACUCCCAACAACUCCAACAACAUCCCACUCCCAAAUUCACACUUCCCUUUCUUCAACUCCAGCCAUGGCCUCCGUCGCUCUCGGCGGCGCCGCCGCUACAUCUACUCGCUGCCUCCUCCCCUCCGCCAGAGCCUCCCUCUCUCUGUCUCGCUUUUCUCCUUCGUCUCUCAAAUGCCGAGGCCUCGGCUCUUCUCCGCUCAUCUCUCACCUCUUCCUCAGCCGCAAAGCCUCGCCGAUGGCGUGCUCCUCCAGCCGCGGCUUCGCCGCAGCUCCGAAAUGCGCGGCUUCCGAUCCCGAGCAGCUCAAGCUUGCGAAGGAGGACAUCAAGGAGCUCCUCAAGACUAAGUUCUGCCAUCCAAUUCUGGUUCGGCUGGGAUGGCACGAUUCUGGAACUUACAACAAGAACAUUGAGGAGUGGCCGCAGAGUGGCGGAGCUAAUGGGAGCUUGAGGUUUGAGCUUGAGCUUAAGCACGCCGCUAAUGCAGGUCUUGUGAAUGCUUUGAAGCUUAUUCAGCCUAUCAAAGACAAGUACUCUGGUGUCACAUACGCAGACUUGUUCCAAUUGGCUAGUGCUAGCGCUGUGGAGGAUGCUGGGGGCCCAAAGAUUCCUAUGAAGUAUGGGAGAGUUGAUGUUUCAGCACCAGAGCAGUGCCCAGAAGAAGGAAGGCUUCCUGAUGCCGGCCCCCCUUCACCUGCUGAUCAUCUACGUGAGGUGUUCUACAGAAUGGGGUUAAAUGACAAGGAAAUAGUUGCAUUAUCAGGGGCACACACUCUGGGGAGGUCCAGACCUGAACGCAGUGGUUGGGGCAAGCCAGAGACAAAGUAUACGAAAGACGGGCCAGGUGCACCAGGAGGACAGUCUUGGACAGCACAAUGGUUGAAGUUUGAUAAUUCCUACUUCAAGGAUAUCAAGGAAAAAAGGGAUGAAGAUCUACUAGUGUUGCCUACUGAUGCUGCUCUUUUUGAAGACCCAUCAUUCAAGGUAUUUGCUGAGAAGUAUGCUGAAGAUCAAGAAGCCUUCUUCAAGGACUAUGCUGAAGCUCAUGCUAAACUCAGCAAUUUAGGAGCCAAAUUUGAUCCUCCAGAGGGUAUUGUGAUCGAUGAUGGUGCACAACCUGUACCGGAAAAGUUUGUGGCAGCUAAAUACUCAUCUGGCAAGGACUAGAAAAAGAGUCAUGUUUUGUAGUGGCGUCUCUUUUAAUAAUACAAGAUGAAGCAAUUUCAAUUCCUGUCAAACUCACAUGUAAUAUAGUUGGAAGUCUUAAAUGAAGGAGAAAGGAAUAAAAAUUCAAUAGUAUUACCUAUGUGAAUUGCAGAGAGAGCUAUCAGACUCUAUGAAGCAGAAGAUCCGGGCAGAGUAUCAAGCUAUUGGUGGAAGCCCAGAUAAGCCUCUACAGACAAACUACUUUCUAAAUAUAAUAAUUGUAAUAUCUGUUUUGGCAAUUUUGACAUCACUAUUUGGAAACUAAGUUCUGGGUUUUCGUUUUUUACAAAUGGAAUUGUGUUGUUAUUUUACACUUCA